AGAGUGACGUCAUAACGGUGCGCCGCUCCGUGGCGUCCUAGCAAGGUCGCUUUGCAGAGCGGGAGCGCGCGUAAGUGACAAGACCCUGGUUCGGGGGCGCGCCGUAUCCUGCUGCCUUGGUAUCAGCGGCGACAUGUCAGGGUAUACGUCCGACGAGAAACUGCGGCUGCAGCAGCUGCGAGAGCUGAGAAGGCGAUGGCUGAAGGAUCAGGAGCUGAGCCCCCGGGAACCGGUGCUGCCCCCGCGGAGGGUGUGGCCUAUGGAGCAAUUCUGGAAUAAGUUUUUGCAGGACGGGGCCUCCUGGAAGAACGUGAUCUAUAAGACGUACCGACACAGUAUCUUUGCUUUUACUCAUAUACUGAUCCCUGUCUGGAUUAUUCAUUAUUAUCUCAAAUAUCAUGUGAAUACAAAACCAUAUGCCAUUGUUGAAAGGAAGCCCAGAAUAUUCCCAGGUGAUACAAUUCUGGAAACUGGAGAAGUAAUCCCACCAAUGAAAGAAUUUCCUGAUCAACAUCACUGAAGAUUACUUUUAAAAUUUCGAAGGUGUUUGAGCCCAAGUUUGUUGCUACAUUACCACACUUACUGAAUAUAUUUUCUGGAAAAGUAACUUUAAUAAAGUUUACUCAGAUA